AUGAGCGAGCCGUUUCGAAUUGGAAAAUUGCCGGGAGUCGUGUUGAGAAAAGUGUUUUUCAAUAUGACACUUUUUGAAUUAAUCAACUUAUCUCAAUGCUCCAAUAAAACCAAGUCUUUAAUAAACGCCUGGAAUAUUCGACACCUGGAGCUGCAUGUUAACUUGUGCUAUGACUAUUUUGUGCGAGUCUCGGAGUUUGUCACCUCCAACCGAUAUCUCACAAAGAGCCAAAAGUUCCAAUGCAAUACAGCGAACCCUGUUACCCAAUACCUCGAUACUGAAUUGUCAGUGGAGCGAGUUCUAACACUUAUAGAGCGAAUCAACAGCGUGUUUAAAGCGGAAAUCAAAUCAUUGAAGAUCACACCAAACGGAUUGGAGAAUCAGAUGAGAAUGAUUAUUGAUCGAAUUCUGAAUAUCCAGAAGGCUAUCGAUUCUUGUAAAAUUGUGGGAGAUGGCACUUCUGCAUUCCCUCAUCGCUGUGAAAUUUUGAGACUGAAAUUUCGUGAAGUCAACGAUCAAAUCGAUGAAUACUUUGACUUCUUCUCAAUGGGAGGGAUUCCUUGUGACAAACUGAGCAUAGAACACUCCAGUUGGUUUCAAAUAUCACAUUUGUUGGAUUCUACAGUAUGCUCCAAAAUUCAAUUGAAACACUCCAGUUUCAAAUCGUACGAUUUGAACGAGUUUUUGAGGGAAUGGGUGACCGGAGCACUUCCGAAUCUCUUGUUUCUUUCGGUCAAAUCUCGUUAUUGUCGUGAUAUGCAAUUGGUGAUGGAAGGAUUGGAAGAGGUACAGGAUACAACGGACUUCCGUGGAAGAUCGCAUGAAUGCUUCUCCGGAACCGAACAACACAUCAUCAACGGCAAAUACAUUCGACGUGUUGAUGGUGCCGUCGCCACUUUCAAUCUCCGAGAGACCUCAGCUUUCCGCGAUUUCUUCAUUUUCGAGUUCGCUCUCUUGAGAGUUGACAUUUGA